GACGAGGGUGGAUCGAUAUUGAUUUUGGACUAGGUAGUGGGAUCAUUUCAAGAGCGGCAGCAGUGCUCUCGGAGACAACUCGGAUACAGACUUCUGUUCCGUCCGAGCUCCGACUCUAUAGGCUCGACCUCCUUACCUCGCCAAGUCCCUGCAAUCAUGUCCAUUUCCGAUUCUACGCCUCGAGCCGACGAGCCAAUUGUCAAGGCGAAAUUACCGAAUGGUCAUCUUGAUCAAGGAUCCGAUUUGAAUGUGGCUGCUGUUGCUGCUGGAGAGCUGCGAGAGCAUGCGCAGAAUGGAGUUGUAUCACCGGACGGUAUCGCCACGGAGACGAACGGAACAGAUGUCAAUGCUGUAGAGACUUCAGUUGCUGGCUUGUCUCUUGAGACUCCCGAGGCAGAUGGUCAAAAUAACGGUUCCUUGUCGACUGGCUCGACUGGAUCUCCCUCGGACCUCCACCAAGCCUGUGCGACUGGUCAAUUGGAUCUUGUUCGAUCUCUCUUAUCCCAAUCUUUGGAACCGCUGGAGACCUUGGACGUCACCACUGGAUGUACGCCCAUCGUCCUCGCCGUUCGAAACAAUCACCCGGAUGUAGUCAGGGAGCUUUUGAGUGCCGGCGCCAUUGUCCCCCCACCAGGAGUCACCAACGACGGCUACAUGAUGAGUAUCUUAUACCCUGGCAUGAUCAUCGGAGGAAUGUACGGUAUGCCAGGGAUGAAUGGUGGUGGACAUCUCGGUGGUCCUGCUGGGUCCGGAGCAGCGGGUGCAUAUGGUCAACCUCAAAUGGGUGCUGGGCCUGACUAUUAUGGAUACUAUCCUCCUCAAGAUGGUUUCAAGAGAUCACCUGGAGGAGGUGUUGGCGGCGGCGGUGCUGGUGCUGGUCCCGGUGCCAGUCCACAUGGACAUCAUCCGCAUCAUCCCCAUGCAGCCAACGGAGGUAGUCCAGUCGGUAAUGGAUCUGCGAAUGCGAAUGGGAAUGCCAAUGGGGUCGGACACUUGCCUCCUGCCGAUGUGGCCAAGACGAUUCCCUGUCGAAAUUUCCCAAAUUGCAAGUAUGGAAGUGCUUGUGUCUUCUUCCAUCCUUCUUCUGGACCUACAGCUGGUCUUGGAGGUCCCAGUGGACUCGGCUCGAGACCUAUGCCAUUUUUCCCUCAGCAUCAAAUGCAGACCAUGAACGGCUUCGAAGGUUACGGUGGAAUGCAACAAGCUUAUGGAUACGCUCCCGAAUACCAACAACAACAGCAACAGCAGCACCAACACCGAUUCCAAGCCGGAAACAUGCAACCUCACGACCCUUUAUCCCAAGCUCAACCUUCUUCAAUCGUUAACAACGAGGAAGAAUCUGAGACUUUGGAUUCCGCCACACCGGCUGGCAACGCCGCCACGGAUGGCGAAGCUUCCAAUUCUACAUCGUCACCUCCCUCUGUUGAGCAGACAGAGGGUCAAAACGCUUCACGAGUCGCUGCUGCCCAGGAAGAAUCUCCAUCUUCUAGUUCUCCCGUCAACCCCGAUGCGUCCAAUCACCAACCCAUUCAACUCCACCUUCAACCGCCUCACCCUAACGGUGCUCCGAUCUUCAUUCCUGGCGGAAUGACAUCUCCCCAACAACCCCAUCCAUAUGGCAUGUCUCUAUCGCCUCUGUCACCUUCCAUGUUAUCUGGUUCUCUCCCUUCCAUCCCGCCAGCCGAUCAAUUCUUUGCAGCUGGAUCUCCUCCUCCAUCUUCAAACUUUGCUCCCGGGGCUUACGGUCAACCUUUCCAAAUUCCUAAUGGAAACUAUGCCGCUGGACCAGGCAGACGACAGAGUUUCGGUCAACCUCAGUUCGCAGGCAAAGCUUUCGGAGGACAUGGAAAGAAACCUUCAUUCUCGGGUGGACCGAGACCGUUCCGUGGUCCUGGAGCUGGACCCAACAGUGGACCGGCACCUAACAUGGGCACUUGGAAAGAUGGAAAUCCUCCGCCUUGCGCCUUCUUCGCACAAGGUAAAUGCAGGAACGGUGAAUUGUGCAAAUUUCCACACCUCGACGAGCAGGGCAAUGAUUGCCGCCAUCCGGACGUCAUUCGAGGUAUCAUUCCUCCUCUUCCACCCCUGAGUCGACAGCGAGGUAUGCGAAGUGGAGGUACGAUGAGCUUUAGCGCUCCUUUCGACCCAGCUCUUCGGCAACAACAGCAACUCAACUUCAUGCAUCAACAGCAGAUCCAUCCCAUGCAUCAGCAAGUCUCUCCUCAUCCCGCUCAUCGACAAUCUCUUCCUGCUAGUCUGGCUCAAGUAGCUGAAAAUGGACAAUCAGUACCCAACGGCCCUGCGCCUCCCGCUAUUACUGGAGAAAGCUCGUCCAUUCAGUCAGUCAGUGCGGACGGUCCAGUCACUCAGACUACCACCAUCACUUCCAAUCUCACUAGCAGUCUCACGACACCCGACUUGUCCAACAAUGAAACAAGUAUAAUCGAAAAGAAUCCUUCGCUCCCUGCCAAACCUGUAGGUUCACCCAUGCCUUCCAUCAUCAGAUCGGCAUCUCAACCCGGCGUUCAACGAGUUCACGUAUCCGUCUCGGGCUUUAAUUCUCGAUCACACUCUCCAGCCCCUUCAAACGUCUCCUUCCAUGGGAACGGUCAUCCUCGACGUAAUGGCGGGCGUGCUCCUCUCGGCGGCGCAGCUGCGGUUGGGGCUGGGGCAGGCGGACCAGGACGAAGUACCUCAGGAGAUAGAAAGAUGCCCGUUGGUUCCGCUGCCAACCACCAUCAACGUGUACCUCAAGCGGACGAGUUUCCGGCUCUAGGCGGCGGUGCAGGAUCGACGAAUCAGACUGGCAGUGUCUCUGGAUCCAAGUCUACACCUCACACAGGGGCGAACAACAGUCCUGCAGUAGAUACUGGGAAUUGGAGCAAGACGGCAGCUCAAGUCUUGAGCAUGCCUGCGCCUCCGAGAAUCGAGAAGGAAAAGCAGGCUCCUGAAGAGAACGUGACAAUGGAGGAGGAUCCCGAGACGGGAGCGGUCAUCAUCUCCCGAGAGGAUCUUCCUUCAGCUUUAAAAGAAGCUGAGAGGACCGAAUCUGAAGAUUCGACUCCCAAAGCAUCGGCAUCGGCGACCGCUGCCGCUACGUCUACUACUUCCCCUACCAAAAGACCUAGCGUCUCAUUCGCUAGUGUCAUCGCGACUAGUCAAGUCGAGUCUUCUCCCGUAGGCAUCAAGGCAUAGAUGGUAUAGAUGGUGCUCGUCAUGAUCCGGCAUUUCCUCAUCUUACGCUGGAAGAUCGUUCUUCUCUGCACAUCGUUUGGUCCGAAUCGCUUCUCUCUCUCUCUCUCUCUCUCUCGUCUGAUGGACUACUUUUGUUGCUGUGUCUCCGUCUCCCGCAGCGUCGUUAUAUAUCGGG